CGCCAAUAUUGCCUACUUGACAUGCCGUUUUGACGCGGUCCAGGGGAAUAUCGGCGCAAAAAAAUGGGUGGAAGCAAAUUAAUACAUAGGUUUCUUUUUCACCAAUUUUCUUUCCAAUCGAAGAUGAAUAUCUGAGCUACACCAUUUAAGAGUGUGUCGUAAUGGACUGAUGCAGACCCGCAACGCCUCAGGAUAGGAGCGCUGUGGUACAGUAGUCAUUUUUCUGAGCCACUAGGAAAAACUCCGCGCAAACAUACCACGGCCUCUGCGAACAACACAAACAAUUACUAUCACCAAAGCUACGUAUCGCAUCUCCGCCAUGAAUACCGCUCAAGCAGGACUCGAAAAUGCCGAUCUUGAACGUCUUAACGACAAAGAUAAGGCCGAUCUCCGACAAUUCCUCGCUAAUGAAGAGCAGCGAGCUAUGAUCCAGUCUCAAACACACAAACUCACGCAAAUGUGCUGGAAACGUUGCGUUACAGGAAACAUCCGCAAUUCGAAACUCGACAGUUCUGAGGAAACAUGUCUGGCCAACUGCGUCGAACGAUUCUUGGAUACCAACUUUUUAACUAUGCAGUAUCUCCAGAAGAUGAGAUCAUAAUUUGUCCAAUACAGACAUGAGCAUUGGUUAGACAUUGUACACUAGACUUAUAAUAACAAUUUACAGCACAUUGGCAUUGGGGAUAUUGACACAGCCGCCACACUCUUGCGAUGUUGGAUAAAUUAAUGAAAUUUUGCCACGCGUAGAUCUGUUCGCUUAUGCGAAUAUUUAAUCAUUGAUACCGUAGCUAUUAAAAGCUUAUUGCGCCAGUUCCGUUACAUGCAGCUAUUUUCAAGAAACCCAAAUCCAUCAUCUCAAACCGUUUGCAUUAAAUCGACUUUUAAACGAGGGAGAGCUUGUUGGCAGCGAUAUCGAGGGCAUCGACAUCGGCAGUCAGGCGGGCAUAGGCCUUCUUGGUACCGUCAGGGCUGGCUUCAAGUUAGCGAGACGUCACAUGCUAUGAGCUUUUGGUAAAUAGGCUCCUUACCGGAUGAGAGUGUUGAUCUUGACGGUAUCGAUGUCGUAAAGCUUCUUCAGGGCAAGCUUGAUCUGGGCCUUGUUGGCCUUGACAUCGACGAUGAAGACAAGGGUGUUGUUCUCCUCCAUCUUCUUCAUGGCGCUCUCAGUGUUGAGAGGGUGGAUAACGAUCUUGUGCUCAUCGAGGCGAGGCUGGUGAGGGAUAGACUUGCGGGGGUACUUGGGAGCGCGGGCAAGGGCAAGGGUCUUGGGGCGGUGG